ACACGGAACUGGAAUGUCACGUGACAGUCGAGCCCUGUGUGUUUCAGAUAAUUAUGCGAGAUGUCGUUUAACUGUCUUUGUAUUAACAAUUUGUGGAGAUCUGCUAUACGACUAUCUUCUAACGCCGCUGUCACGUCAACGCGAUUAGUGGCUAUUCGCMGCAAAAUAUUUGGUGAUACGCGCGGUGAGCUCUGCCAGACGAGAGCCCAUAGUAACAAUACACAGCACGUCUCAAGAAAGCUGGUGCGGAAUGAGAAGGAGAAGAAGUUAGUGAUCUUUAUAGAGGGGAAUAUUGCUAGUGGGAAGACAACAUGCCUAGAGUAUUUCAGCAAAACCAGUAACAUUGAGGUGCUGACUGAGCCAGUUUCCAAAUGGAGGAAUGUUCGAGGGCACAACCCCCUGGGGUUGAUGUACCAGGACCCUACUCGAUGGGGCAUCACUCUACAGACCUAUGUUCAGCUAACCAUGCUGGACCGACACCUCUCAACAAUGUCAGCCCCAGUGAGAAUGAUGGAAAGGUCCAUCUACAGUGCCAAGUACAUCUUUGUGGAAAAUCUUUUCAGAAGUGGGAAGAUGCCCGAGGUGGACUUUGCUGUUCUUAGUGAGUGGUUUGAGUGGAUCACACAGAACAUUGCCAUUCCUGUCGAUCUUAUCGUUUACCUCCAGUCGUCUCCACAGACCUGCCAUGAGAGGCUGAAAGAGCGAUGCAGGGAGGAGGAGAAGAUCAUUCCUUUGGAAUAUUUAGAGGCAAUCCAUCAGCUGUAUGAAGACUGGCUGAUAAAGAAGACGUCCUUCAAUGUUCCUGCUCCAGUCCUUGUAAUUCCAGCGGACGAUGACUUGCAGAAGAUGCUCCACCGGUAUGAGGAGAACAGAGAGAAGAUUUUAGCAGGGAGAAAUGUGUGACUGCUAAAGCACAAUACCCCAUAAUUGCAAAGCAAAAACAGCUUUUAAAAAAUGUUUUC